UAUUUUUGCCUUUAGAGUAAUUUAGGUGAUUUGAUACUGCUAUAAACUAGUCCAUCUUGUAUCAAAACCUCCCAGCUCCCUCAUAGACACACUGCAGAGGGCCACGCAUGCGCAGUAACGCUCCCAUCGCCGCCGCUUCAUUGCCGUGUUGCUGCCUCACUGGGAAGGAGGAUUCAAACUUCCGGCGCUGUCAUGGCGGCGUGGUGGUGUUUCUGAUGAAAAAAACAAAAAACAAAACCAAAAAAAAAAAAAAAAACACAAACAAAAAAACAAACAAAAAAAAAAAACAAAAAAAACGAGAGAAGAACAACAACAGCCCACCCGCUCCACACGGGCCCCGACGUCCUACUUCGAGGAUUUAGUGGCUUGCGCGUCGCAGGAAAGGCGGCGUUCAUCUAGACGUUUAUCCCGCAGCCCUUCGCGGGUUCACCCCCGGCCAUGGCGGCUCACAAGCCCGUGGAGUGGGUUCAGGCCGUCGUGAGCAGAUUCGACGAACAGCUUCCGGUCAAAGUUGGACACCAGAACACUCACACCAAAGUCAGCACCGAGCACAACAGGGAAUGUCUCAUCAACAUCUCCAAGUACAAGUUCUCCCUGGUCAUAAGCGGCCUCACCAGCAUACUGAAGAACGUGAACAACAUGAGAAUAUUUGGAGAGGUGGCAGAGAAGAACCUCUAUCUGUCCCAGCUCAUCAUCCUGGACACGCUGGAGAAGUGUCUCGCUGGGCAACAGAAGGACAGUAUGCGUCUGGAUGAGACCAUGCUGGUGAAACAGCUGCUUCCAGAGAUCUGUCACUUCAUCCACACGUACAGGGAAGGCAACCAGUAUGCCACAGAGCUGCGCAGCUCUGCCUCAGGGGUGCUCUUCUCCCUCAGCUGCAACAACUUCAACGCCGUCUUCAGCCGGAUCUCCACAAGGUUACAGGAGUUGACGGUGUGUUCGGAGGACACGGUAGAUGUCCAUGACAUCGAGCUCAUCCGUUACAUUAACGUGGACUGCUCCAAGCUCAAAAGACUCCUGCAAGAAACCGUGUUCAAAUUUAAAGCCCUGAAGAAGCCGGCACAGUUGAGCGUCAUCUGCAGUCUUGAAAAGGCGUUCUGGAAUUGGGUGGAGAACUACCCAGAUGAGUUUACAACGCUGUACCAGAGACCCCAGACCGAUAUGGCCGACUGCGCGGAGAAACUCUUUGACCUGGUGGACAGCUUUGCUGAGAGUGCGAAGAGGAAGGCUGCUGUUUGGCCUCUCCAGAUCAUUCUCCUCAUCCUCAGUCCCAGCAUCACACAGGAGCUGUCCCGAGAGCCCGUGGAGGAGACCAGGGUCAACAAGAAACUGUUUCUGGAGAAUCUGCGCAAAGCUCUGGCCGGUCACGGCAGCGGCAAGCAGCUGACGGAGAGUGCGGCCAUCGCCUGCGUCAAGCUCUGCAAGGCCUCCACCUACAUCAACUGGGAGGAUCACUCCGUCAUCUUCCUCCUGGUGCAGUCCAUCGUGGUGGACCUGAAGACGCUCCUGUUCAACCCGGCGAAGCCGUUCUCGCGUGGUGCGGGCAGCCAGAGUGCCGACAUGGACCUGAUGAUCGACUGCUUUGUCUCCUGCUUCCGCAUCAACCCACACAACAACCAGCAGUUCAAGGUCUGCCUGACACCAUCAUCACCACCCACCUUCCAUUUUGUACUGGUGAACUCGUUGCACAGAAUCAUCACGAACUCCCCGCUGGACUGGUGGCCUAAGAUCGACACCGUGUACUGCUACUCCGGUGAGCUGCGCAUCAUGUUCGCCGAGGCGCUGGGCCGCAUAGCACUGGGCUGCAGCACACACACACCUCCGCGCAUGACUCCGAGUCUGACAAUAAAGGAGAUGAUGACCAGUCGUAAGUUCAAAGACAAGACUACAGACCUGGACAUCAGGAGUCAUAAGUACCUGCUGCUUGCCUUGGUCAAGCUCAUCCAUGCUGACCCCAAGCUAAUGCUACACAACCCAGGCAAGCAGGGCCCGGAGAUGCAAAGUAGCACAGCCGAGCUCAUCAAAGGCCUCGUGCAGCUGGUGCCUCUCGCCAACAUGGGCGACAUUUCCCAGGAAGCCAUGGAGGCUUUGUUGGUCCUGCAUCAACCCGAGACCAUUGAGCUGUGGAAUCCAGACGCUCCCAUGGAGACCUUCUGGGACAUCAGCUCCGAGGUCCUCUUAUCCAUCUGCACGAGGCUGAUUGGCCAUCAGCUGAUAAACAGCACCGAGAUCCUGAAGUGGCUCCGGGAGAUUCUCAUCUCCAGGAACAAGUUCCUCCUCCGGAACAAAGAGCGUGCCACAGUGGGUAGCGCCAUUUCCAACUGCCGGCAGGCACAGGACAAGCUGGAGGUCUGCCUUUACAUGUUCCUGUGGAGCCCAGACAUGGAAGCUGUGCUGGUGACCAUGUCCUGUUUCCGCUACCUGUGCGAAGAGGCCGAUGUCCGGUGCGGCGUGGAUGAGGUGCCAGUACAGACCGUCCUGCCCAACUACAAUACCUUCAUGGAGUUCGCCUCUGUCAGCAACUUGAUGGCCACAGGUCGCUCAGCCCUACAGAAGAGGGUGAUGGCUUUACUGAGGAGGACCGAGCAUCCUACACCCGGUAACACUGAGGCCUGGGAGGACACGCAUGCAAAAUGGGAGCAUGCCACCAAAUUAAUACUCAACCACCCAAAAACGAAGCUAGAAGAUUGUCAGGAAUGGAUCAACAUGACGGGCUUCCUAUGUGCGAUGGGCGGGGUGUGCCUGCAGCAACGCAACCCCCCUGGCCCGGCCACCUACAGCCCCCCUAUGGGGCCCCUGAGCGAACGCAAGAGCUCCAUGAUCUCCAUGGUCUCGUGUGAGGGCAACGCCGAGACGCCCCUCAGCCGCUUCCUGGACCGCCUGCUCUCGCUCAUGGUGUGCAGUCAUGAGAAGGGCCUGCAGAUCCGUAAUAACGUGAAGGACCUGGUGGGGCUGGAGCUAAGCCCUGCCCUUUAUCCCAUGCUCUUCACCAAGCUGAAGAAUAGCAUCAGUCGGUUCUUUGACGCCCAGGGCCCGGUGCCCAUCAAUGAGACCAACACCCAGUUUGUAGAGCAGACCAUUGCAAUAAUGAAGAACCUGUUGGAUAACCACACGGAAGGGAGCUCUGAACACCUUGGGCAGGCCAGCAUUGAGACCAUGAUGCUGAAUCUGGUCAGGUAUGUGCGAAUCCUUGGGAACGUGGUUCGCGCCAUCCAGAUCAAGACCAAGCUGUGCCAGCUGGUUGGGGUGAUGAUGGAGCGACGAGAUGACCUGUCCUUCUGCCAGGAGAUGAAGUUCAGGAACAAGAUGGUGGAGUAUCUGACGGACUGGGUGAUGGGAACCUCCAACCAGGCGGCCGAUGACGAUGUCAAGUGCCUGACCAGGGAUCUGGACCAGGCCAGUAUGGAGGCUGUCGUGUCUCUGCUGGCCGGUCUGCCCCUCCAGCCCGAGGAGGGAGAUGGAGUGGAGCUCAUGGAGGCCAAGUCCCAACUCUUCCUCAAGUACUUCACGCUGUUCAUGAACCUGCUGAACGACUGCAGCGAGGCGGAGGAGGACGGACAGCAGGUGGGCGGGCGCAAGCGGGGCAUGUCGCGCCGCCUCGCGUCCCUGCGCCACUGCACCGUGCUCGCCAUGUCCAACCUGCUGAACGCCAACGUGGACAGCGGCCUCAUGCACUCCAUCGGUCUGGGCUACCACAAAGACCUGCAGACACGAGCCACCUUCAUGGAGGUGCUGACCAAGAUCCUGCAGCAGGGCACGGAGUUCGACACGCUGGCCGAGACGGUGCUGGCCGACCGCUUCGAGAGGCUUGUGGAGCUCGUCACCAUGAUGGGCGACCAGGGGGAACUUCCUAUUGCCAUGGCGCUGGCCAACGUAGUGCCCUGUUCACAGUGGGAUGAGCUGGCGCGAGUCCUGGUGACUCUGUUUGACUCCCGCCACCUCCUCUACCAGCUCCUCUGGAAUAUGUUCUCCAAGGAGGUGGAACUGGCUGACUCCAUGCAGACGCUCUUCCGUGGAAACAGCCUGGCCAGUAAAAUCAUGACGUUUUGCUUUAAGGUUUAUGGUGCUACUUAUCUGCAGAAGCUUCUGGAACCCCUCCUCCGAGGGGUCAUCACGGGUCCCGAGUGGCAGAUGAUCAGUUUUGAAGUGGAUCCCACCAGACUGGAACCCAGCGAGGUCUUGGAGGAAAACCAACGCAACCUUCUCCAGAUGACCAGCCGGUUCUUCCUGGCCAUCACCAGCUCCUCGUGCGAGUUCCCGCCGCAGCUGAGGAGCGUAUGUCACUGCCUCUUCCAGGCUACAUGCCACUCUCUUCUGAAUAAAGCCACACUUAAAGAGAAAAAGGAAAGCAAAAAAGCAGUGGUGAGCCAGCGCUUCCCCCAGAACAGCAUCGGCGCCGUGGGCAGCGCCAUGUUCCUGCGCUUUAUCAACCCGGCCAUCGUCUCACCGUACGAGGCAGGCAUCCUGGACAAGAAGCCCCCUCCCCGGAUCGAGCGUGGGCUCAAGCUUAUGUCCAAGAUCCUGCAGAGCAUCGCCAACCACGUGCUGUUCACGAAGGAGGAGUACAUGAGGCCGUUCAACGACUUCGUGAAGAGCAAUUUCGAUGCGGCCAGAAGGUUCUUCCUGGACAUUGCUUCAGACUGUCCUGCCAGUGACUCGGUCAACCACAGUCUGUCCUUCAUCAGCGACGGCAAUGUGCUGGCCCUGCACCGCCUUCUGUGGAACAACCAGGAGAAGAUCGGCCAGUACCUCUCCAGCAACAGGGACCAUAAAGCAGUGGGGCGAAGGCCUUUCGACAAGAUGGCCACACUCUUGGCCUACCUGGGCCCUCCUGAACACAAACCCGUGGCCGACACGCGCUGGUCCAGCCUAAACUUAACCAGCUCCAAGUUCGAAGAGUUCAUGACCAGGCAUCAGGUUCACGAGAAGGAGGAGUUCAAAGCUCUGAAAACCCUCAACAUCUUCUACCAGGCUGGCUCCUCCAGGAAUGGCAACCCUGUCUUCUACUACGUCACUCGCAGGUUCAAGACGGGGCAGAUAAAUGGGGACUUGCUCAUCUACCAUGUGCUGCUCACCCUCAAGCCCUACUACGCCAAACCUUAUGAAAUCGUAGUGGACCUCACACAUGCCGGCCCAAGCAACCGCUUCAAGACCGACUUCCUCUCCAAGUGGUUUGUCGUCUUCCCGGGUUUCGCCUACGAGAACGUGGCGGCCAUCUACAUCUACAACUGCAACACCUGGGUGCGGGAGUACACCAAGUACCACGAGCGGCUCCUCACCGGCCUGAAAGGCAGCAAGAAACUGCUGUUCAUCGACUCGCCAGCGCGGCUGGCGGAGUACGUGGAGUCCGACCAGCAGAAGCUGCCUGCUGCCACGCUGAGCCUGGAGGAAGACCUUAAGGUGUUCCACAACGCCCUCAGAUUGGCGCACAAGGACACUAAGGUGUCCAUCAAGGUGGGCUCCACAGCCGUGCAAGUGACCUCAGCGGAGCGCACGCGCGUCCUGGGUCAGUCAGUCUUCCUCAAUGACAUCUACUAUGCCUCCGAGGUGGAGGAGAUCUGUCUGGUGGACGAGAGCCAGUUCACGCUGACCAUCGCCAACCAGGGCACGCCCCUCACCUUCAUGCACCAGGAGAGUGAGGCCAUCGUCCACUCCAUCAUCCACAUCCGCACGCGCUGGGAGCUCUCGCAGCCCGACUCCAUCCCCCAGCACACCAAGAUCAGACCCAAGGAUGUGCCCGGCACCCUGCUCAACAUCGCCCUCCUCAACCUGGGCAGCUCCGACCCCAGUCUCAGGUCUGCAGCGUACAACCUCCUGUGUGCCCUAACCUGCACCUUCAACCUGAAAAUCGAGGGCCAGCUCCUGGAGACAUCGGGCCUGUGCAUCCCGGCCAACAACACCCUCUUCAUCGUCUCCAUUAGCAAGACGCUGGCGGCCAACGAGCCCCACCUCACCCUGGAGUUCCUGGAGGAGUGCAUCUCCGGCUUCAGCAAAUCCAGUAUCGAGCUGAAGCACUUAUGUCUGGAGUACAUGACCCCUUGGCUCCUGAACCUGGUGCGCUUCUGCAAACACAACGACGACGCCAAGCGCCAGCGGGUCACAGCCAUCCUCGACAAGCUCAUCACCAUGACGAUCAACGAGAAGCAGAUGUACCCUUCCAUCCAGGCCAAGAUCUGGGGCAGUCUGGGCCAGAUCACGGACUUGCUGGACGUGGUUCUGGACAGUUUUAUCAAGACCAGCGCUACUGGAGGCCUUGGCUCCAUCAAGGCUGAGGUCAUGGCCGACACUGCCGUGGCUCUCGCUUCUGGCAACGUCAAACUGGUGUCCAGCAAGGUCAUCAUACGCAUGUGCAAGAUCAUCGACAAGACGUGCCUGUCGCCCACGCCCACGCUGGAGCAGCACCUCAUGUGGGACGACAUCGCCAUCCUGGCGCGCUACAUGCUCAUGCUGUCCUUCAACAACUCGCUGGACGUGGCGGCACACCUGCCCUACCUCUUUCACGUGGUCACUCUGCUGGUGGCGACGGGGCCACUGUCCCUACGGGCCUCCACCCACGGCCUCGUCAUCAACAUCAUCCACUCGCUCUGCACCUGCUCGCAGCUCAACUUCAGCGAAGAGACCAAGCAGGUGUUGCGGCUGAGCCUGACCGAGUUCUCCCUGCCCAAGUUCUACCUGCUCUUCGGCAUCAGCAAGGUGAAGUCGGCCGCCGUCAUCGCCUUCCGCUCCAGCUACCGAGACCGCUCCUUCUCGCCGGGCUCCUACGAGAGGGAGACAUUCGCCCUCUCCUCCCUGGAGACGGUCACGGAAGCCCUGCUGGAGAUCAUGGAGGCCUGCAUGCGGGACAUCCCAGGCUGUAAAUGGCUUGACCAGUGGACCGAGCUGGCCCAGAAGUUCGCGUUCCAGUACAACCCAUCACUGCAGCCCAGGGCUCUGGUGGUGUUCGGCUGCAUCAGCAAGCGCGUCACCCACGGUCAGAUCAAACAGAUCAUUCGCAUUCUCAGCAAGGCGAGUCCAAUGCUCAGCAUUGACCGGGGUCUGGAGAGCUGCCUGAAGGGUCCAGAUAGCUACAACAGCCAGGUUCUGAUCGAGGCGACGGUCAUCGCUCUCACCAAGCUCCAGCCCCUGCUCGCCAAGGACUCGCACAUGCACAAGGCCCUGUUCUGGGUGGCCAUAGCUGUCCUGCAGCUGGACGAGGUGAACCUGUACUCUGCCGGCACGGCGCUGCUGGAACAAAACCUGCACACGUUGGACAGCAUGCACGUCUUCAACGACAAGAGCCCUGAGGAGGUGUUCAUGGAGAUCCGGAAGCCCUUGGAGUGGCACUGUAAGCAGAUGGACCACUUCGUAGGCCUCAACUUCAACUCCAACUUCAACUUUGCUCUUGUGGGACACCUGCUUAAAGGCUAUAGGCACCCCUCCCCCACCACCGUGGCGAGAACAGUGCGCAUCCUCCACACGCUUCUCGGCCUGGUUGGAAAACACCUCAACUGCGACAAGUUCGAGGUUAACACGCAGAGCGUGGCCUACCUAGCGGCGCUGCUCACCGUGUCGGAGGAAGUACGUAGUCGCUGCAGCCUAAAGCACAGGAAGUCUCUCCUCCUCUCUGAUGUCACCAUGGAAAAUGUUCCUAUGGACACGUACUCGGUGCUAAAUAAUGACCCCAGCUGCAGAACAUUGCGGGAGAACCAGCCGUGGACGUCCCCUAAAGUUUCCGAGCGGUAUCUGGUCGCCCACUACCCCAGCGUGGGGCAAGUUAGUCCACGGACUAGGAAGUCUAUGAGCCUAGACAUGGGCCAGCCCUCGCAGUCCAACACCAAGAAGCUCUUGGGCACGAGGAAGAGCUUUGACCAUCUGAUAUCGGACACGAAAGCGCCAAAGAGACCCGAGAUGGAGUCGGGCAUCACCACGCCCCCAAAGAUGAGGAGAGUGGCAGAGAAUGACUACGAGCUAGAGACCCAAAGAAUCUCUCAGCACCACCACCUGCGAAAGGUGUCUGUGUCCGAGUCCAACGUCCUGCUGGACGAGGAGGUCCUCACUGACCCUAAGAUCCAAGCUCUGCUGCUGACUGUGCUGGCCACGCAGGUCAAAAACACGACGGAUGAGUUUGACCAGAGAAUCCUUUAUGAGUUUUUAGCCGAGGCCAGUGUGGUCUUUCCAAAGGUCUUUCCAGUUGUUCAUAACCUCCUGGACUCCAAGAUCAACACCCUGCUCUCACUGUGCCAGGACCCGCACCUGCUCAACCCCGUGCACGGCAUUGUGCAGAGCGUGGUGUACCACGAGGAGUCACCACCACAAUACCAGCCCUCCUACCUGCAGAGUUUAGGCUUUAACGGACUCUGGAGAUUUGCUGGCCCUUUCUCAAAGCAAACCCAGAUCCCAGACUACGCCGAGCUGAUCGUCAAGUUCUUGGAUGCGCUGAUCGACACCUAUCUGCCAGGCAUUGACGAGGAGGGCAGCGAGGAGGCACUGAGGACGCCCACAUCGCCCUACCCCCCACCCGUGCAGAGUCAGCUCAGCAUCACAGCCAACCUCAAUCUUUCCAACUCCAUGACCUCACUGGCCACCUCGCAGCAUUCGCCAGGCAUGGAUAAGGAGAACGUGGAGUUGUCGCCGAGCGCCGCGCUCCCCGCCGCUGGCCGCACACGCCACGGCUCCGCCAGCCAGGUCCAAAAGCAGCGCAGCGCCAGCAGCUUCAAGAGGCCCAGCAUCAAGAAGAUUGUAUGAAGCUGGCACCCCUGGUGGUCACCCCCCUCCAACCCCCAGUGCCCCACCCCCAUGCUGCAUUUCUACUCCCACAAACUCCACCCUGCUCCUUUUCUGAUGUUUGUUUGUUUUUGUUUUGAUUUUUUUGUGGGUUUGUUUUCAUCCUCAGUCUCUUUUCAGCCAUACUUGCCUAAAGAUCAAUAUUCAGCCAGGACUAACAGGACUGGGGAAGGUCUCACUAGGUAUGCCAAUGGAACGGACGUCCAGUGUUGUCUUUUGUGUUUAUGUUGGACCUCCUCCUCCUUUUGCGCAAUGACCACAAGUCCUUGUUUUUAAUUUCAAACCAGCUGUUGACAGAACGCUCUGAAUGGAUUUUAUAUUUGUGACGACCAGACUGCAUUGAUUUGAUUUGAUUUGAUUUUUUUUUUCCUUUCUUUUUGUAAUUAUCUAACAGAACAAACCAAGACGCUGUUUCAGCUGUUGGGUUCUGUUCUGUGCAUUCGUCAUAAUCUUGGGGUCGAUUUGUUCUGGGUCAUGUCCUACGGCUGAGAUGGAUGCGUCAGGAGCCAGCGGAAGCGACGGGACAUCAGGAACAACUCUGCGACUGUGCAUAACAUUUCACUGCUACUCUCUUCUUUGGGUUUGUUUUGGUUUGUUUUUGUUUGUUUGUUUGUGAAGACACACAAUGAAAACUCAUGGCCUGCAUCUCCUUGGGCCAGUAGGACCCCGACUGGCAUGCGUACACACUACAGACAUUUUUCUGAAGGGGCUAAUGGCAUCUGGCCCCUCGUUAACCCUUACAUUACAUUGCGCAUACCCCUGCUCCGAUAAAGGUGUCCUGAUGCCCCGGUGUGGAGAGAGCCUCAGUGCUCAUUAGCCCCAGAAGGGUCCUUAAGGGGCUGUGAUUUAGAUCAGGGUCCACAGUGCUCUUGUUGAUGGUAUUGGUGAGGCCCCUGAGAGUGAUGGUACUGUUCCUUUUGGAUUAUUAAGUAUAGGCUAAUCUGAGGUCUCUCAGCGUGUCCACACGUGCUGUCCCAGACUUCCCCUCUCCUUUUCAUGUCGUCUUGUCCAUGGAGGCCUUCUCUGUCAGUAGUAGGCCCUAAAAGGAAUUGAAAAGGACAUUUUUCUUGUGUAAACACAGAAAAAUACAUUAAGAUUAAUUUGCAUAUUACGUAUUUAGCAUUAAUGGUAAACCGAGCCUUUCUGUCAUGUACACACAGCAUAAACUCGCAACAAGAUUCGCAUCAAACAAAAACACACAUUACUCUCAUGUAUGUAUUCUAGCAAAACUCUAAAUGACCUGCUGGGGUGAGUAGAGGUAAUAAUCACACAGGUCACUCACUCAAGCUUGUGUGUCUCAGUGAGCCACAGUUCGGUUCCCAUGCCACGGCGCUGUGUGAGAUUUCCCGGUUUGCUGCACCAAAGUCUGGCAUGCACUUGAGAAAAGAAACUGCAGCAGUUGAGCACAUGUGAAGCACUACCACGAUCCGUUCAGACCUCCCAUCCCACUUGUGUGCCUUUCGCACGGCAUGUGUUCAGGUGGUACAUUGCUGAGCACCACGCCUCUUUCUGGUAUUCCCUCCCAUUACAAGUCACGUGCCAAAAGUGAGCGGUUUGGUGACGUCACCCGGCCCUGGUGAUGUUAGCGUAGGUUUUCUCAAACACAUUUGACUUUGUAUUUAAUAAUAUAGAUCAAUGAAACGAGAGAGGGGUUAGUUAUCUGUCAUCUAUUUGGAUAGGAAAGCAGGACUACUUGAAGGCCGUGUGUGUGUGUGUGUGUGUGUGUGUGUGUGUGUGUGUGUGUGUGUGUGUGUGUGUGUGUGUGUGUGUGUGUGUGUGUGUGGGGAUAACGAAUGGCCAACUACACAAUCAGCGAAACUUAAAGCGUUUAGUUUGGUCUAGUGUGGGCUGGGCCUGACUAAUGACAACUCCCAGCAUUCCAAGUGUGCAGGUUUUUGGGAAUGUGGUGUCCACAUCAUCCAAGCAUGGUGGUACUUUGUGAAUUCUGUAGCCCAUUAGUAGUGAUGAUGAUGAUGAUGAUAAUAAUGCCCUAUGCCUCAAGUGUUUACAGUGUCUAUACUUGAACUAGAGAGAUUUUGUGAAUGAAGGGAAAGUUGAUUGUGAUGAUAAUCACGAGAACCAAACAUGUUCAGAAGAGACACUAACUGUCUGAUCACACGUUCAGGAAACCAAAGUCUAAGAAGUGCAAUAUCGUCCAACACUCUAAGCUUGAAGUCCACAUGUCUUAUUCAUUGUCUAGGAAAUCAACAUUAGAUUAGAUGUGAUAUUUAUUCACGUGUCAUUUAAGGACCAAGUCUUGAUUUGCUUGGAACACGAGUAGUUUUACUUUUCUGAAAGAGAAAUCACAAAGGGGGCUGGAAUUAUACAUUUUUUGUUCUGUUUUGGGGUUUUUUUUGCAUCAAUGGAUUUUAACGUCAAAAUGAUUGAUCUUCGUAUUUUCACAUGAGCCUCUCCACUUUCACCAGUGUUCACACUCGCGUGUGAUGUCAUGGUCCGUCCCCUCCUGCUCCGUUGUGUAUCAGUGUCUGUUCUUAUGAAAGUGACUUUUAAAAACUGAAAAGGUGGCUCGAUUGAGAUGGCAUUGUUGACAUUUGAAAUUUAUUACAUGAUAUAGAUUUUACUUUUUGUACGCAUUUAGAUUGUUCUGUUUUACUGAACCAUAGUAAGGUGCUGUUGUCAUUACUUGGCCUUAUAAUUACCUUAAUUUAUAUUUUCUGUACAAUUGUAUUUACAUCAGGGCCAAUUGUGUUCAUGCAGCUUUAAUGUGGGGUUCUGAUCGUGGUAGACAGUAGACUGGUGAACUUGUCUACCUGCAUAAUUAUCGGCGGCUUUAGAAAGCACGGCCGGGAAUCUCAUUCUAAACCCCAGCGCAACCGUCAGUUUCUGAAGUGUGCAGACAAUAAUGGCUUGCCCUCAUCUGGGGUGGGAUGAAAGAGUGCGCGUGUGUGCGCGUGUGUAGACAGAUUUUCACUACACCCUACUCAAGUCUCAUCCACUGAGGUUAUGCAAAAUGUUGAGAUCUUUGAACCUUUGUGGGGGUUGGUUUUUGUGUUGUUUUUUUGUUUUUGUUUUUGUUUUUCUGCCUCAUUUUUUACCGCUCAGCUUCACGUCUGUAAAUAAUUUUGUGUAAAAAAAAAAAAAAAAAAAAAGGAAAGUAUAUUUACUACACUGUAAAUACAUGUGAUGUAUUAUUUUGCUUUUUUGUAAAGCAGUUAAUUGCUGUACAUGUACAACAGAAUUUGAAUUGUGUUGGUAAUGAACAUCUUCAUCGCAUUGUCAUUAAUCUGAGACAAGAUUGGACAAAAUCUGAAGAUCUAGACAACUGUACUCUAAUCUCAUUGUAUAAUAAAUUACUGUUACCAUCUGAUUUCACAUUUACACGUUACACUAAUAAAGGACAUUCUCUCCA